UUUAACAAAAUGUUUAUUCUGUUUUACCCCUUUAAAAAGAUAUUCUAAAAUAAGAUAAAAUGAUCACAGCGAUAGUCUGAAAGUUUCACUGUCAUGUAUCGCGAUACUUCUCCACGUUGACUUCACGACUCCGAGAUCUCGUCCAUGCAAACAAAGAUGGUGGCUUCCUGAUGGUCCAUGUGGCUUUGAAGACAGAAGAGUCCGUCAUAACUUUACAUUGACUUAUUGAAUAUAACUGAAACUAUCAGCAGACUCGGCGGUGAAGCUGCGAGCAGCUCUGUGAACAAACAAAAAUGCAACACGACGAUGUGAUCUGGGACAUUAUUGGGAACAAACAGUUCUGCUCCUUCAAAGUGAAGACGAAGAGCCAGAACUUCUGUCGGAAUGAAUACAACAUCACGGGGCUGUGCAACCGCUCGUCCUGCCCGCUGGCCAACAGCCAGUACGCCACCAUCAGAGAGGAGAAAGGUCAGUGUUUCCUCUACAUGAAGGUGAUUGAGAGAGCAGCGUUUCCUGCCAAGAUGUGGGAGAAGGUGAAGCUCAGUAAGAACUACGAGAAAGCUCUGGAACAGAUCGAUGAGAGUUUGAUCUACUGGCCUCGAUUCAUCAGACAUAAAUGCAAACAGCGUUUCACCAAGAUCACCCAGUACCUGAUCCGCAUGCGCAAACUGGUCCUCAAGAGACAGAGGAAGCUGGUUCCUCUGAGCAGGAAGGUGGAGAAGAGAGAGAAGAGGAAAGAGGAGAAAGCUCUGAUCGCCGCUCAGCUGGACAACGCCAUCGAGAAGGAGCUGCUGGAGAGACUCAAGCAGGGAACGUACGGAGACAUCUACAACUUCCCAAUCCACGCCUUCGACAGAGCUCUGGAGCAACAGGACGAAGAGAGCGAGUCAGAUGAGGAAGAAGAGGAGGAGGAGGAGGAGGAGGAAGAUGACGAGGACGUCGGCAGGAGAGAGUUCGUGGUGGAUGAAGAGGUGGAGGAGAGCGACCUGAGCGACUUCGAGGACAUGAACAAACUGAAGACGAGCAGCGACGAGGAGGAACAGGACGAGGAAGACGAGGAGUCCAGUGAAGAGGAGGAAGAGGAGGAGAUGGAGGUGGAGACGCAGACGAAGGCCUCCAAGUCGAAAGGCAAAUCUCCAGCUAACGGCUCAGUGGCGAGGAAGAAGCGAGCGUACGUGGAGAUUGAGUACGAGCAGGAGGCGGAGCCCACCACCAAGAGCAGAGCCACGUAGUGAUGUCACAGCCUCUGCCGCCAAUCGAACUCCGAGCUGUCUGUGAGGUCGGCGGCCUCGCCCCUGAGGACACGCCCCUCCAUGUAAACGCACUCAUCGGUGUGUUUAAAGCUCCGUCUUCUGCUUUCUGCCAGUCUGAACAGUGACGCCGGUAAACGUUGGCGUGCAGCGUCAGAACUUUUGGACUUUAUCUCACAUUGUGGUUAACGAGGCAAAUGAGAAGGAAACCAGGACAGAACCAGUCAGGCUACGUCAGAGUCUGCAGAGGAAGCACUCGUCCGCCUCUCCUGGUCUUCCUAGCUAACAAGCUACAUGCUAACCAUUAGCGCUGUACGUCCAGUAACCAGUUCAGUUCAGUUCAGUCUUACCCAGCAGUCCUCUGAUGAAUCCUCCUCCAUCAGUUUGAAAGACGUCGUUUGUGCCGCCGUUGUACUUGAUAAGUGUUCCUAUUAUUUUGUCCACCCCGCUUACAUCACUGAGGGGAGUCAAAAUGAGAGAAACACCUGUGAGACUGAACAUUUCAACCAUGAAGGAGGAUUUAUCACAGGUCAGCUGCUUUAGUUUGAGCUGGGUGUACCUAUUAAACUGGCCACUGAUCAGUUAUCACCAACCUCACAACCCACGAUAACCAGGUUACAUUUAAAGAGACAGUCCACCCAAAAGUGCAAAAAUAAACCAGUUGGUUUGGUUUUUUGAGACUUCAGAUAUCUGGCUUUUAUUAGAAAUUAGUUCCACUUAAAAUGAGUAAAAAUAGAAUAAAUCAAGCUCAGAGAUUUAUUUUCUCUCCCAGAAUAAAUCAUGAAAAUCCUUUUGGUCGUAACUUUUUGCCCCUGAGUCCACAUGUCCUCAUAAAACAGGGUCCCCGUAAGUCCCGUAAGGUUGUGUUCACUGUGUUUUCUGUUUUCUGUGUUUGUCUGGAAGCUCCAGCUGGAGAUGUGAUGAGUUCAGGUGUAACUUCUUCAUCAUCUCACUCUGUUGGAACAGAAGUCACCCAAAGUGACUUCAACUCGUUUUCCUCAUUAAAAAAAUGCUUCGUUAAAUAUUAAAAACAACAAAUGUCAAUAAAACAACUUUGGAAAAAACUCUGUAAUCCUGAUCUGACAGAAAAACAGGACAAAAAGAACAUGUUAAUGAUUAGUCAUGGGAAAUCUGGAUGAUUCUGAUCUAGAAGUUUUGUCCAGGAGAGCAGGAAGAGAUCAGGAUGUUUUAGUUGUGAUCUGGUUUCACUCCGGUUUUAAGACCAGUGUGACCUCGUCUAACUCGUGUUUCACAUUAGCCUCUCUGACAGCAGGGUUACGUAACAGGAAGCAGAGUGGAGCGAACAGGAUGUUGACCAUCCCGAUCAACACCAUGAGACAGGGAAAACCCACUGCCUGGGCCAGAGCGCCCCCUGUGGACGGUCCUGAAACAACAGAUUUUUAAAUAUUAUUAUCAUGAGAACAGAAACUUCUUAAAUACUUUAUAGUACUACAUGUUUGUGAAAAUAGGAUCACGUUUCCCAUCCAGGAUG